AUGUCUCAUAAAACAUGCUUUGCUCCAUCGAAAGGUCCGCGCAACCCUUUUCUCGUCACUUGCGUACUUGUGACUGGACUAACUUGGGCUGUAGCUGCUAUGAACGGUAUGAGCACAGCCUUCAUAAUACAAAGUUGCGAGAACUGCUCAGAUAUGAUCUCCCUCGUUGAUGAGUUCGACUUACGUCAUAAGAAUUCUUGGUAUGCAGACGCGACAGUAAGCGCGUUUAUGAUUGGAAACGGGAUUGGUGGAACGCUAGUGUCAAAGGCAGCAGAUAGGUAA